AGAGAAAGAGAGGAGAGCGAGGGGGGAACAUCGUGUCUGCCAAGUUUGCUGGAGAAUGAGACUCAGGUGAAGCCUUCUGAUUUCCACUACCUGAAGGUCAUCGGCAAAGGAAGCUUUGGGAAGGUGGUGUUAGCGAGACACAGACAGAGUGGAAGUUUCUACGCUGUCAAGGUUCUACAGAAACAGGUCAUACUGAGGAAGAAAGAGGUAUCUAUCAUUCUGUUCUAUUUCCAUUCCAUUCUUUCUAUCCCUCUGUCUCUCUCUCUCUCCUUCCAGCAGAGACGUGAUGGUAGAGAGGAGUGUGCUGCUGAAGGGACUGCAGCAUCCGUUCCUGGUGGGGCUCCACUUCUCCUUCCAGACCUCUCACACUCUCUACUUCGUACUGGACUACAUCAAUGGAGGAGACUUGUUCUACCAUCUCCAGAGGGAGGGUGCCUUCCCGGAGCCCAGAGAAACAUUCUACUCUGCGGAGAUGGCCUCAGCCCUGGGCUACCUCCACUCCCUCAACAUAGUCUACAGAGACCUGAAGCCAGAGAACAUCCUAUUGGACAGUGGAGGUCAUGUGGUUCUGACGGAUUUCGGGCUGUGUAAAGCGGGCGUGUCUGUGGGUGGAGCUAUGCAAACGUUCUGUGGAACCCCAGAGUAUCUGGAGCCAGAGGUGCUGUUAGGCCACGCCUACAGUGGAGCCGUGGACUGGUGGGUGCUGGGGAGUGUGCUUUAUGAGACUGGUGAGGGUCCCCCGUUCUACAGUGUGUCCCAGUCUGCCCGGUCUCUGCUGCAGGGCCUGCUGGUGAAGGACUUUUCCAAACGCCUUGGGGGGGAACAUGACCUUGCCGAACUGCAGGGCCACUCCUUCUUCCUGUCCAUCAACUGGGAUGACCUGCUAGCCAGGAAAGUCCCUCCCCCAUUCAUUCCCAACCUGUCUGGUCCAUGUGAUGUGCGGUAUUUUGACGCUGAGUUCACGCUUCUUCCAGUCCCCGCCUCCCUUGUUUUGAGUGACAUGUCGGCCAAUGGAGCCUUCCCAGGGUUCUCCUAUAUGCCUUCGGCUGAGGUUGGUGUCACGGAGCCCUGAUUUCAUUCUGCUAUUAUUUGUGUUUU